AUGCCGAGCCAGGCCUCGCCUGAUUGUUCGCUGUUGUCUGCCGCCUCUCCUUUCGCCAGCCAUCACCCUGCGAUGCUACUUGCGGCCGAAAACAGCAUUGCCUCUCCACUCGGACUGCUUGAACGCUUGGCUCAUUUCACUGCACAAAUGGUGACCCUCUGUCCCCACUCGGUCGGGUUUUUCUCCAUCGUUUGGACUGUUGUUGACGGCCUCGCCUCCAAUGCCCUGAGUCUUGAUUGCUGCAAGGCUGUCGCCAGCAAUUAUCGGCUGGGUGACAGCAUCAAUCGCUGUUCUAGCCACGACAAUGGCGAAGAUACAGGUUUAGAAUAUCUGUCGACCGAGGCGCAGGCCUGCUUUCACUCGGCCAUCAGCCUUUUCGCCUCCAUGCUCGUCUCUAUGCAUCACAGGCUCACUGAGCUUGUGGUUGGCUCAUCAGUCGCUAAGACCCUGGAGGGUGCCGGCUGCCACGACUUCUCUCACCUCUCGCCAGAUCUUCUGCUCUCACGAGGUGUCCAGAAGUUGACAGAAGAGCUCGAGUCGGCUUCAACGCUGCUGACAAAUGCUCUCCUUUGGAGACCCCAUGAGACGGCAUGUUCAGCCCGAGUGCCUAUUCGCAUCGGUGGCCUUCUGCCACACGUACAGACUCAUCUUGGAGGUCGUCUAAACUGCUGGUCCUUCGGCUUAACGCUUGCUUUCACAGCUGCAUGUCUUCCAGAAUGGCCAACGCUUUCAGCUGGGGUCCGGCUUGCACUCACGUUGCUUCCCUUAACUGCCCCAAGCAGUGAUGCAACCGCGAAAGCAAAUCAGCCCUGCCUUUCUGCUCAGAGCCAAUUGACGCAACUGCUUACUUUUCAGCAAGUUCGCAAAGUUGACACGAAUAACUUAGGGGAUAUCAAUGCCGAUUCAACUAAUCCCUACUUAUUCAAGGUCAGAAACACUAUUCUGAUUUUGAAAGGAGGGGGGAUCGAGGCUGUUCUUGCAUGA